AUGGUAGUGCGUACAUUGAUAGUCUUUGCACUGUUGAUAUCUGUGCAUUCCUUUGAGAGUCCUAUCACGUCCGACUUUCGUGAGAGUUUAAUAGACCGGACAAACCACAGUCGACAUCUUCUUUCAUCGAACGAUUGGACUUAUAUAACAGUCGACAAUUUUCAGUUUGGUGCUGUACCUUUUCCUGUUGAAGGGGAUACUCAAAUCUAUGAUAUCACACAAUUGAAUUACUCGAGGUAUGAAGAUUCCUUACUUCUUGAAGGGUGGUGGCUCUUUAUUAUAAUAAUAGGUGUAAUUAUAGUUUCAUUAGUAUGGUACUUAGCUCGCCCAUGUCUUGGUGGUGUAAGAGGGACACGGGGAUGUUUAUGUCCCAAAGCGUUUGUGAAAGCGAAAGGGGAAGGGUACAGUUAUGUUCAUGUGAAGAUGUGUCAGAUGUGUACAUUAGUUUGGGUCUUAGCUGUAUCUAUAGUGAUUCUCAUCACUUUCAUGUAUAAUUCAGCUCUUGCCGCUGACAUGAAAGCGGUCGACGAGUCUUCAAAAAGUGUCGUGACUGCUGUCGAUCGAAACAUUCGGUUGAUCAACAACGCGUUUUACGCAAUCCCAUUCAGCUCGUAUGAAACUGUUUUUAAUGCCUCAAUGAAAUUGGUGCAAAAAAUGGAAGUCGAAAUUAAAACAAAUGUCGGAGGGUUCGGAGAUUACACUAAAAAGUAUAACAAGACGCGAGAAGGGCUUACAUUGUUUGGGUUGUAUGUCACUAGUUUCAUGUUGGUCUUAUUAGUCUUUGCCACGUGUACUAUGCAUUACCAGAUGUCUUCUGGCAUUUCUAUAUUUGGGUGGUUCUUAGCGAGUGUUUUAUUGUUUUCUGCAGCAGUGACAUAUCCAUUAAAUGUCUCUGUAUCAGACGCUUGUUUGGUCGGAGAUAACAUAUUGAAUUCCAAGAAUUAUGAAGAGCAGAGUAUUGUCCUCCACUUCUUUCCAAUCAAUGAUCCAGCUAUCUUACAAAUCAGAGACUUAUUUAAUGUGACGUUCAGAACACAAAUUGUUGAUGAAAUGAAUGAAUUCUUGAAGAAAAAUUGUGGGUCUAAUUUACUGUGUCCUACUGACAGAACUGUCACACUCGAUAAUUAUAUGAAUUUCAAAUACGUCCCGUUCAUUACUGGAAGUCUGUUGUACUCAUCAGAAGUGUGUCAAACAAAAUGCAUUGAACCAUAUAUGCAAGACCUUGCAAAGAAAUACACCGCGUAUUUCAAUCAAAUGAAUAUCAUCGACGAUGUCGUUUAUGGCCCAAUAGAAAGUAUUAGACACGGAACUCCAUUCAUUAAUUACGUGUAUAGCGUGAUGAAAUUCAUGUGCACAGACGACAUAUUCUUCUAUGUCACUGUGAUGACAGCACUGUUGUGCUUAUCGGGAAUUUUGACAUUCUUAUUGUCAAUUGUAUCAAUGAUUACUGGAAAAAGAUUCAACAUGCACAACAAAGCGAGACCCACCCAAAAAGAACUCGAGUUCAGAGGGUCGCCUAACCAGUUCGAGCUCCCCAAUUUCGACUUCUUCGAUUAUUAA